CAUACACACUCUCUCAGUCACUCACACCCCUAAUUUCUGACAUUCCCCAUAGUGGGAUUUGCGGGCUCUUUAAAGAAGGAGGAUUUUAUGCAGAGUCUGAUCCCUCCGCCGACUUCAGCUCAGCAGUGCCAGAAGAUCCCUCCGCGCAGAGCGCAUCCUGCAGAGGGAGAGCGUCCGGAGCCCCCCAGGUGACAGCGCCAUGGGAGCCUGGGGACUGAGCCUGGGGGUCCUGCACUGCUUGGGGUUCUACAUCCAUCUCAGCGUCGGAGACAAACACAACACAGCCGAUGCGCUGUUCACAGAAAUACCACAUGAUGCUAGCGCUCAGCCUGGAGAAGAUGUAGAGAUGGCGUGUUCCUUCCGUGGCAGUGGUGACAUUCCUUAUUCACUGGAAAUCCAAUGGUGGUAUACCCGCAGUCACAAGGACUGGACGAACAAGGAGACAUGGGCAAAUAGCCAGAAAUCUCUCCCGGGGACCCCUGAGAAAGGAGCCACUAAGAUAAGUGUGGUAAAGGUUUUUGGCAGCAACAUCUCACACAAACUGCGUCUGUCUCACGUGAAGAUCUCUGAUGAAGGGACCUAUGAAUGCCGAGUGUUGGAUUACAGUGAUGGAAAAGGACGGCAACAUCGUGUCAAGGCCUUCCUGCGUGUUGAAGCAGAAUCGGGACGCCGUGGCACAGUCUCUCACCGCCAGCAGGAUACCAGCACUCACCGCCACUUUCAAGUCAAAGAGCUGAAAAAACGAGCAGCAGGACCCUGUGAGCAAUGCCAGGUCUAGACUGUCUGUGGGAUAAUGUUGCCCCAACAUUAAUGUACAGUGGAGUGCAUGAGAGGCUUCCCACCCUUCUCCAUUAUAAAAUCUUUGUCACCUCUCGAGCUGGAGUGGUCAGUGGACAAUAAUGACUUAUUUACAAAACCCCAUCACGUGAUAACUUGUCCCUUUUCUUGGUGAAAAGAGCGAGGGUAGUCUGACAGACUUAACUCUAUGGACUAAAAGGGGGUGUCCUCUGCCAUUGUCUACUUAUCAUACUCCACGCAAGGGUCUUCUCUAUUAAACUUCACCUACAUUUCAUUACUCAGACUGCUCAACUUGCUCAUUUCAUCCCAGACCCUUAGCAUUAUGGGAAGUAAACUCCCAGGAUGCCGCAGUGGAGAUGGCAUCACCUAGGAAGUAGCUACAAGACAAUUCCUCAAGAGGAAGUCAUUUUAUUGACUGGAGCGCUUUUCAGUGUAAUAUUUGACAAGAUUCAUUAACAUCUUGUGAUAGUCAAAGUAGUGACUCUAUCUAACCAACCGAGUCUGUUUCUUUUCAACCUAUUACCCAAGAAACUUGGAUACCCUUUAUGGUAUCACUGCUUUUAUUCUCUAUAUGUGUAAUAUACAUGUAUUUCUCUAAUUUAAAUGCCUUCCCGUCAGAGAAUAUGAUUCUGCCAAACACAUGCACACACAUUUGCUAUACAGUAUCUCAGACAUAUACACGCGUGCAUUUUUUUCUUUGAUGUAGACGUAAACUCGCCAUCAGUAACUUUGCCUCAUUUUGCUCCUACCAUGCCUGGUACUUCUGUCACUACCACAGACAGAAUGUAAAAUAUGUGCCUAGUUUCCUGCUUCUCAUCUCAGCCACUUGUGUGAUCAGUAGAAAGCAAAGUGUGAGUACAAUGAAGUACUACCGUACAUUGCAGGCUGGACUCUGCACCAUGUCUACAGCAGCAGCUAUUCCUCUGCUAAGCCUUCUAAGGUGGAAAGGUCCAAUAGACUUAAUAAUCCCUUUAAAAUGUUGUGUUUUUUUUGGUUUUGAGAACAUGAGGGAUACUUACUGUACUUACCCACUGAAGUAUGACAAUUCACCUUUGCAUCAUCUCCAAAAUAAGGCCUACCAGCUGCAUCUAAUGAGAGGGUUGGUAGAAUGUGCAUUAAUUCUGAGAUGUACAGGAUCUAGGUCUAUAAUCAAAUUAUUUGCAUGGUUCUUGAGUUAUUAUACUUUCUAUUGGGAAACCGCUGUUUUUGCACUCAACAACAAAGACACACUGAUAUUUUGGGGCCCAGCAAAAAAAAAAAAUACAAAGGUGUUUAAAACUUUUUGAAAUCUUUUGCUCAACAUCCACAAAAUACACUUUUCUGAGGAUACAGUUGCUUUAGGCCAGACCAGUAAAAUGCACAGCACAAUCUUUGUUGUUCCUUAAAGGGACUGCACAUCUUACUACUGAUAUAGUCCCUUUUGCCACCAACAUAAUGUGGAGUCAUGAGAACGGGUUUGAGAACCAUCCAUCUGCACCAUGAAUCUGAGCACAAUUGUAAGAUGUUAGUUUAUGAACGGCCGAUCCUCCUGGCCUCAGUGAGAGGACCUCAUCAUUACCCAUAUAUUUAUGUAUAAUAUCUAUGAUCCAAGAUGCACUAGGAAAAGCUUAAAUUGAUAGUAUACAUUUGAUAUGUAAAUGGUCUGCUGCAGGGGUGCUGAGCAAUACAUUGUAUCAAAGGCUUAGAAUGUGCUGAUUCAGUGAACGUUUCUGACAUUGUUAAAUACAGUAGUGGCUGUCAAGAAGUACUAGACAGAGGUCAUUUGCCAUGUAAAUGCUGCUGUAACUGGCACUAUGGAGUUGGGUUACUAUGUGUGUGCUUUAAAUACUGCUUCCAUACCUGCAUAUGAUUCAGGUUUACACACAUGGGAAGCUUCUCCAUUAAUGCCAUAUUGUUUAAAUGUAACUGAGGAAAUUCUGUGUUGAGAAGGCUGUCAUGUUGUCUACUCACAAGGUACAAGUGAUUAUUAUGGCUCCCUCCACAACACUUGAUGCCUUUCUGGAUGUAAAUAAAGUUUAUCGUUCGCCCAAGAA